UCGCUUUACCAAAACGUGGUCAAUAAUUCACGCAGAGGGAUAGCUACGUGUGUGUGUGCGCUCAUCGGCUGUACCCGUAAAUUAAAAUGGUGCAUAGGCAACAGAUACUAUACUUAAUAAUAAUUAGUGUAGCGAUUGCGAGGUGUGAUAAUUACGGAAAUACGACCAGAAAUAAGUAUCUUAUGCAUUUGAGCAGAAACAGUCGAAGAGCGAAUCAAAAUUGGUACCAAAACUUGCUUAGUGAUAAACUGACCGAUCGGCAAAGUAGAUUUCUUAACCUCUUCACCGUGAUGAACAUUGACAACCUAGCAUGCGUUGGAGUUACAGGUGAAAGGGGCACCUGCCUAACUCAAAAAGAGUGCCAAAAACGUGGUGGCAAACCAAAUGGUGGAUGUGCGGGGGGGUUCGCUUACUGCUGUGUCUUUCUAGUCACUUGUGGGGCGACAGUUCGUGAAAACGGUACUUACUUCGUCAACCAAGGAUUCCCUCAAAAUUAUGAUGGUACCGGCUCGUGCCAAAUCACAUUAGUCAAAUCUUCUCCAAAGAUAUGCCAGUACAGGGUGGACUUCGACAAGUUUGUACUAGCCGGUCCGGAAAACGUGAACAACAUCUGUAACAACGACCAGUUUAUGGUAUCGGGAGCGAGUAAUGUGCCUCCAAUUUGUGGGAAAAAUUCUGACAACCAUAUGUACAUCGAUUCUGGCGAAGGCAAUACUGCUCCAAUCAUUCUAUCUGUGGUGACUAGCGGACCUUCGUUUAUGAGGACGUGGAAGAUGCGGAUUUCGCAGAUACCAUGCACUUCGAGGAACCGGGGAGAGAUGGGUUGUUUGCAAUACUACAACGGAGUUUCCGGACAGAUCAAGUCGUUCAACUAUGACCUUGCCACUGGUCUGCAGCUCUCAAACCAAGACUAUAGCAUAUGCAUUCGCGCUGAAAGGAAUUUCUGCUCAAUACAGUACACGGCAUGCCCUGAUACAGUUAAUAAUCGCUCCCAAUCGUUCACUCUGGCAGGCAUCAGUACCAACGUCGUCCAGGCAAUGACAAGCACCUGCCAGGCAGAUUUCAUCAUAAUACCCAUGGCACAGAACGUUGGCCGACCGGCGGGAACGACCGCUAUUACAGCCGAUAGGUUCUGCGGGGGAACCUUAAGUACGGAAACCAACGCGAUGCUGUCAUCUACACUUAGAAGUAACGUCAAACCUUUUCGAAUUUGGUUCCAUACAGACAAUGUGGAAAGUCCAACGGACAUCGGAAAUAGAGGCUUCUGUUUAGACUACGUGCAACAACCUUGCAGUAAUAUAGCGACGUGAGGCAAAUUUCAGUUUGCCCGUUUUCACAGUACAAUCUAAUCAUAAGGUUAUGUGUUAUGAAAUGUAGGUAUAUUGAUAAGGUCUUUAAUAAAAUUCUAUUUCCGCUA